CAUACGAUAUAACGGACGGUGAUUUACGACAAAUAUUCACUAGGCUACAAUUAUUUUCACAGUUCAGCUAAUUCGACAAUUGUACCAUUCAUUUCAACGCAAUGAGUACGGCGGUAUUAUGAAAUGUGCAACAGCCAGUGCAUUAAACGCAGGUUGCGUCCGGUAAAUCAGAUUAUUGGUCGGUAAAAGGCUAGCUGUGGUAAAAUGGAUUGUGACGUGAUGGUUUAAAAUCCCGGGGGAGGGAGAGCAUCGCAUGUACUCGACCACGGUAAAGUAGGUCGACAGAGCACAUACGAGAGACGCCCCACCCAUUACACUAAAUAACAUUAUUUCUUCCCUAUGGAUCCGGGCAUGACUCCUCAAAUAUCACCCUAGUGAGGCGUGAACAGCACGAGCGGUAACAUGGCCUCCUAUCUCCAGAUACCUGAUGAUGAGAAAGGGUAUGAGUUGGACCUCUUCUGUGUCCCCAAACACUAUGAGGAGGAUUUAGACCGGGUCAUCAUCCCUCAUGGACUGAUCAUGGACAGGACUGAGCGUCUGGCUCGUGAUAUAGUCCGUGACAUGGGGGGACACCAUAUAGUAGCACUGUGUGUUCUCAAAGGAGGUUAUAAAUUCUUUGCCGACCUGCUGGACUACAUCAAGGCCCUAAAUCAGAACAGCGAGAAGUCUGUCCCGUUGACUGUGGAUUUCAUUAGGCUAAAGAGCUAUUGCAAUGACCAGUCUACAAACAGUGUCAAAGUUAUUGGAGGGGAUGAGCUCUCUACUCUAACGGGGAAGAAUGUUUUGAUAGUUGAGGACAUUGUGGAGACGGGGAGGACUAUGGAGACACUGCUAUCACUGCUAAGUGAAUGCAAUCCAAAGAUGGUCAAAGUGGUCAGCCUUCUAGUCAAGAGAACACCAAGGAGCUCAGGAUACAGACCAGACUACAUCGGGUUUGAGGUGCCUGAUUCGUUCCUGGUGGGAUAUGCCCUGGACUACAAUGAGUACUUCAGAGAUCUCAGUCACAUCUGUAUACUGAACGAGAACGCAAAGGAGAAGUACAAAGUGUGAGCUGAAGAGGAGGCGAUGGACAAAUGGAUGAAGGGAGUCUAGGACCACUGUGAUGAUCCUGAGCUUUUUGGGGUUCUGAACCGUAUUUUCUUUUCUACGUAUGGAACUUACUUACAUACUUAAUAGAGCCUCACAGUGGAGGUGUCAUAAUACCCAUAAAACUUAGCAGUCAAACAGAGAAAUGGUUCCAAUAGUUU